AUGCCCGCCCACUCGCCGCCCUCACCAGCCCUCAAGCCGACGAAGAGGCCGCGCCAGGGCUCCUACGACGCCGAGGCUUCCCCGCCCAUCUCCGCAGGCGUUGACCAGAGCCCGUCCACCGCCGAACAAAAUGAUCCGAUCGCCGCCGCCGGCGCAGCUUUGGUCGGCGCCGACAAGGCCGGAGGGAAGGCUGGUCAGAGCAGCAACUUUCGCAACGUGAGCGCCUGCAACCGCUGCCGCCUACGCAAGAACCGAUGCGACCAGAAGCUGCCCAGCUGCGCCAGCUGCGCAAAGGCCGGUGUCGCAUGCGUGGGCUACGACCCCAUCACCAAAAAGGAGAUUCCCAGAAGCUAUGUCUUUUAUUUAGAAACCCGCAUCGAGCAGCUCGAGGCGUUGCUCGCUAGCCGCAACAUCCCCUUCCCGCCCGCCGAGAACCUGGAGCUGUGCUCGCGCCCCGGCGUAGAGAUGGCAAAAUCGAACACGGACACCGCCCCCUUGGCACGCUCCGAAAGCAUCGACGGAUCCGGCCCGGCGAAGAACAGCGUACACCGACCCGAUCUAGAGAAGGCCCAGAAGGCGGAGGCGGGCGGCACUGGCAUGCUCGAUAUCGUCAGUCCGUCCAAACCACGGUCUCUGGCCUCGGCCUCGGGCGUCUCUUUCAACCGCGUCGUCUUUGCUGCCGUACAAUACUCCGUAUCGGAUCACAACGGAUCCCAGGACCGGGCCGGGGCCGGCAAAGGUCUACCCAUUGGCAGUGGAACGUCGAUGCGCGACUCCUUCUUCGGACUUCACACAAAACCCACCAUCCGCCCGGCGACCUUUCCCGAACGAAACGUGGGCAUGAGGCUCGUGACGCUCUACUUCGAGCACGCGAACCCCCAAAUACCUAUCCUCCACCGCGGCGAGUUUAUGCAGAUGUUCGACCAGGCGUACACUAGCCCGGGCGGACCGCGAGGGUCUCGGGAGCUCUAUAUGCUGAACAUGGUUUUCGCGAUAGGGUGCGGCGUCAUUGUGGGCGAGCCCGUGAAGUCCGAGGGCUCUGGCGCCGGUCCUCGCAAUCAUGCAGAUUUGAACAAGUUUGGACAGUCCCAGCCGGAGGAGUACCAUGCGAGUGCCAUUGUACAUCUUGAGGCUUGUCUCGGUAACAGCGGCGGUGGUCUGGAGGUUUUGCAGGCCGUGCUGUUGCUGGCCAAUUUUGCGCUCCUGCGGCCUGUGCCGCCUGGUCUCUGGUACAUCAUCGGUGUCGCAGUGCGCCUAGCUGUGGACUUGGGCCUCCACUAUGAGGACGGCAAUGACGUGGAACCAGCAAUGGUCGAACCCUCUGGGAAGAUCAAGGACGAGAACGGCGACACGAGCGAGGCGAGAAAUGCCCAAUCGCGAGAACGAGGCAGACGGCUGUAUAUCCGAGAUAUGAGGCGGAGGUUAUGGUGGUGCACGUACUCCUUGGACCGCCUCGUGAGCACUUGCGUAGGACGACCCUUCGGCAUCAGCGAUCAGGUCAUCACGACCGAGUUCCCCUCGCUCUUGGAUGACCAGUACGUCACGGCGGCCGGGUUUCUGGAGAUGCCCGCCGAUUCCUCUGUGCCGAGCUAUAAGCACGUAGCGUAUCAUUACUUCAAGCUGCGGCUGCUGCAGUCCGAGAUCCUGCAGGUGCUGCAAUACAACCAAACGCAGGUCGUGCGGGCCUCGGGGCAGAAUCUCACAAACUCGGAUAUGCACACCCACCUGCCGUCCCCGUUCCUCGUCAAGUUCGAUUCCUUCCGCUCGUGGCGCAUUGACAUCGACCGCAGGCUGUACCAGUGGAAGAACUCGGCGCCGACGAGGGAGGAGACGGGCGUGGCCUUCUCGACCGAGUUUCUGGAGCUCAACUACUGGCAGGCCAUCAUCAUGCUCUACCGUCAGAGCCUGAGCGUGCCCGCCCUAUUCGAGGGCGAGUACAACACCUCGAAUGAAGUGAACAGCCCGACAGCGUUCCAGGCGGAGCUACGGGAGGACGAGGAUAGAAUCUAUCUCAAGGUCGCCGAAGCCGGACAGAAGAUCCUGCGUAUCUACCGCCAGCUUCAUUUGAGCGGGCUGGUCAGCUACACAUACCUCUCUACACACCAUCUGUUCAUGGCCGGCAUUUCAUACCUCUACGCCAUCUGGCACUCGCCUAUCGUCAGAAGCAGGCUGACGAUGGACGAAGUGGACUUCACCAUCUUGGCCGCUAAGUCGGUGUUCACCGACUUGAUUGACAAGUGUCCGCCUGCCGAGACCUGCCGCGAUGCCUUUGACAGGACGGCGAAGGCCACCAUCAAGAUGGCCAACUCGACGGGCGGCUUCAACUCAGUCCCGCCGCGCAAGACGCGCGAGAAUAGAUUCGAAUGGAGCUCCGCCUCCGGCGACGGGACCUCCACGUCGGGCGCGAGCCUUCCCCGCCGCCGCCAACAGCACCAGUCGCAACAAAACAGCUACCAAAUGGACCUGGCGCUGUCUGACAGCCUCUCGUCCCCCAACCUCUCUGUAGCCGGCGAGCUGCCUCCGCGAAACUCCCCGCGCACCACCGACUUCAACAUGAUGGGCCCAGGCCAGGGCAGCCCCUCGGAAAUCGACCCCUCCUUCGUGGCCUCGCCGCCUGUGUCUCGCCGCGUGGCAGCCCAGCGAUCUAGCAGCGGCGGCUCCUUUAUGGCCCAGCAACAACAGGCAGGACCAUAUGGCAUGGGCGAGUACUCGGACAUCCAGACGAUGGAUUUCUUCCAGAGCCUACAGGGCAACUCGGACGGGGAUCUCGGAGGGUCCGGUGAGGUGACGACGCCGCAGCUCGACCUGGGAUUCGGUAUCAACUGGGAUAACAUGCACCAUGAUUUCAGCGACGGCCAACAGAUGAACAUUUUUGACGGGUUUUUCUUUGGCGGUCAGCAGCCGCAGCAACAACAGCAACAACAGGCUUCGCCGCCGGAUCAGCAGCAGGGUUCUAAUGGAGGAGGUAACACGAAUGGACGACCUGGAGUAUAA